AUGAAAUACCUUGCACUGGCCAGUGGGGGGAAGGACAGUCUAUAUGCUAUGCAUGUUCUUCAGCGCGAAGGGCAUCAGGUUGUAGGCCUGCUUCACAUGAGAUGCGGAGAUGGAUAUCAAGAUUCUUUUAUGUACCAAACUGUUGGAUCCGAGGUGGCCGAUCUGCUUGGAGAAUGUCUCGGGAUUCCUAUUUUUAUUUACGAGACGAAAUGCAAGAGUAUAAAUCAGAAUCUUCAAUAUAAAAAGGAAGAAGGUGAUGAAGUUGAAGAUCUUUAUGAAGCCAUUGCCUCGGCAAAAGAAAAGAUAUACUUCGAAGGCGUAUCUUCUGGGGCUAUUUUGUCCAAAUACCAAAAGAACAGAGUUGAGGAUGUGUGUAAAAGGUUGUCUCUUAGGUGUCUGUCUCCUCUCUGGGAAAUGGAUCAGAAGAAGCUACUUGGGGAGAUGAUAUCUAAUGGGAUGGAGGGAAGAAUAGUGAAGGUUGCAUCGUCUCUCUUAGGAAGAGAAUGUAUAAACAUGGGACUUGAUGAAAUUUAUGACCGUCUGGAGGCGGUCCAGGGUCUGGAAGUGAACUUCUGUGGAGAAGGAGGAGAAUACGAAAGCAUAAUACUUGACUGUCCUAUGUUUAAGAAGAGAAUUUCCAUAGAUAAAUAUGAGGUUACUCCUCAUCCGGAGGAGAUAGGAAGAGAAGGGAUUGUGUUUUACAUGAGGAUUUUGAAGACAAGUCUGGUAGAAAAAGAUAUUUAG